AAGAAGGGACACAGACAGACUAAGAAGCAGAGACAGAGUGCUGCAGAAAUAGAAAGAAGGUGCCAAAAUAGUUGGAGCUGGGAGUACAAUUGAGGUUUGGCUCAGAUUAUGACUGGGGUUGAGAUGGGAAUUCAGAACUCAUCUCCUAAAAUCUCCUAGAGGGUUGGAGAAAAGCAUCAUUAAAAGGAUAUCUUCAGCUACUCUGAAGCUAGGACCUGGGAGCAUAUCAUAGGCAAUAUCAGCUUAGCAAGAGGGACAGUUCCUUCACUGAUGAACCAGGUGGGGAAAUAAAGCAAGCCCACUCCACUAAAAAAAAAAAUCUUGUUGGUAAAGGCUUCAAAUGCUCACGCAUUGGACUGGAGAGCAAGCCAGCAGCCAAAGGCGGAAGAACUGAUAUUUAAAGGGACAGGCCCUUCCUUUCUGUGAAGCUCUCUAAUUUUUCACGCAGCGCUGGGAGCCAUCACCUAGGUAACCAGUCUCAGCCUGCCCGCUCCUCCUCACACAGACACAGCAUCUCCAGCCAGCAUCUUUUCGAGAGCUGCCUUGGCGAGAGUGACAACUUUGAGUCAUCAUGGUGAAAUUGGGGAGUAACCUGUCAGAGAAGCCAGAGAAGGAACAGGGCAGUGGAGGUGGUGGAGGGGAAGAUGGCUUUGAUACCAUCCCUUUGAUAACCCCACUGGAUGUCAACCAGUUACAGCAACCAUUCCCUGACAAGGUAAUAGUCAAGACUCGAACGGAAUACCAGCUUCAAUCAAAGAAGAAAAGAAAGUUACAUGUUCCUGGAAUCAAGAGGCUGAAUGUCAAUCUCUAUGAUGAAGUAUCAGAAAAAGUCAAGUUGACGGGGCUCAUUCUUAUCACGAUGGCGUUCCUAGCCUGUCUCCUCAUGCUGGUCAUGUACAAGGCUCUCUGGUACGACCAGUUAAGCUGUCCGGAGGGCUUUGUGUUUAAGCACAAGCACUGUACUCCUGCAGCCUUAGAGAUGUAUUACUCUGAGCAGGAAGCAGGCCCCCGAGGACGUCUCUACACGGCUAUUAACCACUUAACUCAAGCCAAGAAAACCAUCCCUGAACUGCCCUCACCGUGGUUACCAGUAAUUAAUGCUUUGAAGGAAGCAGAGAAAGCUAAGGAUGAGCUGCCGGUUUCUCAGCAGUAAGAGACCCAGGGCAGGAAUCAGAUGCAACAGAAUUGUCAUUUUAAGGGUAUAUGUAAUCACUUAAAGUAUUAAAUGCAUUGUAUACUCUCUUCCCUCUCUCCCCCCACCCCCCUCUUUUUAGUCAACUCCAAUGGUUUUUGAGUGAAAGCAGAAGGGAAUGCCUGGUUCAAGGCCUUUUCCUCCUCUCUUCCCUCCCUAUCCCCCAUACAAAGAGAGAGGAAGAUGUUGAGAGGACAUCUUAUUCACUCUGUAUAUGAGCCCUUCCUCUCCAUCCCUCCUGAUUUGACCAACAUGAAAGUGGGUCUCUCUUCCUCUUUACUUGGAGAGCACCUACUGGAUUCUCUACAUCUGGAGAGCCCAUGUCAAAGAGCCAGGGAGGAAAAGCUUAUUUUGAGGCCAGAAGGAGCCCAUCCCUAUCUUCCUUCCCAAGAGAAUAAGUGGGGUCCCCUGGUCCUUUUCUCCAAAUAUCCAUAAUUUGAGGGAAUGUCUGAGAAACAUUAGCUGGCGAGGCUUAGAGCCUCCUCUCCUUCUGCCUCCUUACCAUCAACCACCCUACUAGGACUGGUUUGUUUUGUUUUUCCUGCUAGGAUGGAUUUCUGGAGUCCAGGGACUACUGGAUUGUUCAUGACCUUGUUUGCAGAAUCAAGGGCAAAAUGGCAGACACUGUCCAGGGAGGUCCACAAAAUAGUAGGCUCCAGUGUGCUAAGACUUCUGUGCUGCCAUUUGGAAGCAAACAUUAGGAAGAUUUUUCACUUUAAUUUGAGCAAAGCUUUUCCAUGUAAUUUAUGCUCUGGCUUAUCUUGGUUUGCAAUUUGAUUGCUAAUUACAAGGCUAAAUUUGAAACCCAUUUAAUUACAGCACUUCUGCCUUAGGGGUGCUGGGAGAUUUUUCCUCCCUUUUCCCUCUCCCCUCCCCCAUUUCCCCUGCCUUCCACCAUCUAUAUUCUAGGCCUAGUGUGGGAUCCUUGUAUCACUGUUCCUGUUCACACUCAGUGUUUGUGCUUUUGUGUGGAAACUUCUCAUUUUCUUUUGAAAAUUAUUAUUAUUGUUGUUGUUUUUGCUGUAAAGAUUUCCCACAUACACUGUACAUUUUUCUAGGAAUUGUGGACUGUCAAAUUUGCAGUGAAAACAUUACUGGUUGUCUGCUCGCAAGUGCCAAAAUGGAUGUGGUGAUCAGCAGCAUUUUUCUCCAAGUAAAAAUAAAUGUUCACCCUCA